CUGAUUCCCUCCAGAGGAGGAGUGGCAGUAGCCGGCCGGGGCAGGUCCCGGGGCUGGCAGGGCUGGCCCCACUGCUUCUCCACCUCCAACACAGACUGGAACAAGUAUGACGACCGGCUGAUGAAGGCGGUGGAGCGCGGAGAGGUGGACAAAGUCGCUGCCGUCCUCAACAAGAAGGGCAUCAUUCCCACCAAGCUGGACGUGGAAGGACGCUCUGCGUGA